AAGCAAGUAAAGUCCGCUCAUUUUGUUCAUUAAUUUGAAUCGAUUAUAUCGUUUGGCAUUCCAAUAAUGAUAAUUCAAACACUCAACACAAUUCUCUGCAUUUACAGAAUGCGAGGAAUACGCACAACUCGCCUGCACACGAGAAUCAGAAAAACCUCAACCCGAUAAAUUAAAUCGUAUAUGGUACGGAAGAGAAGCUUCUUCAGACAUACUUCCCUACAUGGUAAAUAUAUUUCAAUAUUUCAAUUUCUAUGGUUACAAGUGUAGAUAUACGAAUCCUUGAACAUGAUUUCAAACACAAGCGAGGAAGUGUCAUACCAUUAUUUCUUCAAGGUGUACAUACGGAGUACAAAAACAACUUCUGGGUCUAACGAAUGUACCGGUACGCUAAUAAGUGAAUGGUUUGUGCUUACCGCAGCUCACUGCUUUAAGGAACGCCACCCAACGGUUCCAGUAUAUUUGUACAUGGCAAAACAGCUUAGACCCGAUAUCAUUAACAAUAAGAAGCAUGAUUAUGCUUCUAGUGAAAUCUAUAUUCAUGAGAAGUAUAGUACAGGUAAUAUAGAUGCAGACAUUGCUCUGUUGAAAACGUUAAUGAAAGUGUCUCUCAGCGCAUCUGUCAGACCAAUAUGUUUGAACAUGAAACUUGAAAACACUGCGGGUGAUUUUAUUUCAGCGGGAUACGGCGUAAUUGAAGGCCACCAGGAUUCGGACCGAUUCAAAAUGGUGGAGAUAAGAAUGGAUGGAAAAGUGCUAAAGAAGUGUCAGGAAGCAGGCGUCAAUAACGACAAUUUCACGGAAAAAAUUAUUUGCGUCGCCCACCCCACCGAAAAAAGAGGAGGAGAUGUUGGUUAUUCUGGAGGACCACUGAUGCAUCGUAUGAAACACAAGUGCCCAAUACACGAAGAAAUCGCUGUUUUGUCACAAUCAAACGAUCAUGACCAAUACGAGCUGCCAGUGCUUCUUUUUUACGUCAAAAUAGAACCCUACAUUUCUUGGAUUGCAAAUAUCGUUUGGCCAGACCAUGAACCUAUAUCAUCAACCGAGACGAAUCCCAGUACGACUACUACCAAAACACCUGCUGUAGUUUGA